GGAAGCACUAGCCGCGGGUGGAGGUUUUUGGGCCUGUUCCUAAGCGGCGCUUCCUUUUUCUCCGACAUCUUAGCGAGGCUGCAGUUGAAGCCGCUGCUGUCCGUGUUUCGACAUGCCGCCCAAAGACGACAAGAAGAAGAAAGACGCUGGAAAAUCAGCCAAGAAAGACAAAGACCCAGUGAACAAAUCUGGAGGCAAGGCCAAAAAGAAGAAGUGGUCCAAAGGCAAAGUUCGGGACAAGCUCAAUAACCUAGUCUUGUUUGACAAAGCGACAUAUGACAAACUCUGUAAGGAAGUUCCCAACUAUAAGCUUAUAACCCCAGCUGUUGUCUCUGAGAGACUGAAGAUCCGCGGUUCCUGAAGGGCAGUCCUUCAGGAGCUCCUUAGUAAAGGACUUAUUAAAUUAGUUUCAAAGCACAGAGCUCAAGUAAUUUACACCAGAAACACCAAGGGUGGGGAUGCCCCAGCUGCUGGUGAAGAUGCAUGAACAGGUCCCACCAGCUGUAUAUUUGGAAAAAUAAAACUUUAUUAAAUCAAGUGGGUAUGUCUGUUUCUUAAGAAAGGCAGUUUACAAAGGAU